AUGAACCGAAGGCGUCGUAGCAGCAGAAGUGGCGGCAACUUGGCGUACGGCCGACCGCCGAGUUCGCCGGGGGGCCUUCGCAGCGGCCACCGUGAAGAGUUGCCGGUACUGCCGGAGAUGCCGUCCUUCUUUCCCGAUCCCAUCGCCCUCGACGCGGAGGAUCGAUAUCUGAAACAGUUCCGUGACGAAAUGUUUAAGCGGGAGUACGGCGCGAGCAUGCGAGCCGUGCUUCAGAGGCUCCGGGCACAACUGCAGGAGCACGGCGAAAAACCGAAGCAGCGACGAGGCGGAAGUGGCGAACGGAGUUUCAAUUCGUCGCAGGACCUUGGCGGCAGUCGGAAGUCUCAGGUUGACGUCAAGGGGGCUCGUGGAACGCUGGAGAUCGGGGAGACGCCGCUGUCGCCAGCUGAGGUGGCGCUGCCGCGAACACUUGAGCAGCAAGUCUCGGACGUCCGCCCUGCGUCGUCGUCAAAAGGGGCGAAAGCAGGAAAACGAAUUACUAAAGGGGAGGCCACUCCCAAAAAAUCCGCAGAGGUGUCCGCGCAGGAGCCAGAGGUGGUUGCAUCCAUGCUUUCCAUUUUGACAACGACGGGUCAGGAGGCAAAGGUGACGAGUCACCGACGGGAUCGCUCGCCUGAGUUACCUGUGUACCUGACAGAACCGUUUCCAGUUCCGCUCUUCGCACUAGCGGAGGAGAUAGGAAUGCAAAAUCUGACUGCUGAAACGCGGGAUGCUGUGAAGUCUAUUGCGGAAGCCAAAAGGGAACUGGGCCUGAAGGAUGAUUCCCCAUUAGGCCCAGCAGCAUGUGAGGGAACCCCCAGGCGACAGGCAUCCACUGCUGGAAAUGAUCCCACAUCCGCCGUUUCUCCAGUUUCGCAUGCCGUCUCAGCUUCGACGAUGCCAUCCCCGCGGUCUGCCUUUACAUUCCCAUUGGCGGAUGCAUUCGUUCUAGAAGCGGAGCAGCACAUUGCAUCUGAAAUGUUUUGCGAAUCCAUCUGCGAAGAGAUUGUGAGAAUGGCGGCAGAAGUGUACGUGACACGCGACUUUGAUGCCAUGGCGACCGCCUACACAGCCUGCUCCGUCUGGGAUGAGGUGCACGACUCUGUCGUUCGCUCGUUUGUUCCGCAUAACCCUCAGGAGCUUACUCCGCAUAAGGCGAGCCCUGCCGCGGCUCCCACCACCCGGCAGGUAAAACCGAAAAGAGCGAUGAACGGGAAUCCGACAGGCGCUGCGUCACCGGGUGCCGAGGAUGAGAAGGAAAGGGCGGAGUUUACGCGUUCCCCCGGCGACAGCCUACCCUAUUUCGGCCUGCUUCCACAAUGGGCGUCUUCUCCGUCGCUUCUAGAUGCGGAAGCUAUUCUUUCCUUCCAUUGCCGUGGAACGACGGCUUCACGGCCGUUUUCUGGCAAUGGACUCACAAAACCAAAUGCGAUGGUGAGGCAGGAGCAGGGUUUGACCUUUUCACGACUUCUCAAUGCGUCGUUGAAAAAGACUGAGAGGCAAUCGAGGACGCCUGGAGUUGUAGCGGCGCGGUUUACGGCAAAUAAAACAUAUGCAGUAGCUGAAACAAAAACUGCAACGACUGAGGAAGAUGCUGACAGCCCGGGUACCCCGCCCACGCCCAUUGCUUUGGAUGACUAUGCUCGCUACGUCCUUCCAAAGGUUGCGGAGCUGCAGCGGCGGCAGAGCGCUGAGGAAAAGGAAAAGGAAGGGGAGCGGGAGGCAACGAAAUGGGCGGGGGUGCGACGGAAGUCAAGUCGUUUUAGGCGUAAUAGCAAGAACAAGGAGUCUGCAGCCGCGAUGAAUGUGGCACCGCGCAAGGAAGAGGGCGAGGGCGAAGCACAGGCCGCAGCGCGUGAGACCACGCGCUUCACAGGCGACGGCAAUGAGGUAGAGCGUCCGCAAAGCACAUCCAACAAGGGGAGACGACGCCGUCCGCAGAAUAUGUCUUAUAGUGAUUUGCCAAGUAGCGCUGAGGCCAAUCGUUCCACAAGGACAGGGACACCAGGCCAGGUGGUGGAGGAUGACUUCACAAAGGCUCUGCGUCAGUUGCCGCAAGGUUACUUUGCCCCUUCUACGGCGGGGAGCAGCGGCGCGGCAAACCCGCGAAACCCCGUACCAGACUCUCUUGUCUUCAUUGAGGGCGAUCGCGCUUUGACCUUUUCUACAGCGACGAAGAAGAAAAAACAACAGGGAACUGCCACUGAUGCCAAUAGUUCCACAAUGUCGAAGGCAUCGAUGCACGUUUGCCGAGGCAGUGCUUCCCACUUUACCGAGAACAUUUGGUACGACGAUGGCACGGCAAAGCUCUCCGUAAACAUCACGAAAGGUGGUCGUGCGGCGCUGAGUUUUUACCCUAAAUCCCCCACUGCUGAGGCCACCGCAGAAGCGGAAUUGGCGCAGCAGGCGCAACCCAAGGAGGCUCCCUCCCCAAGCCCUCGCGGUCGGUAUGUAGUUCUUAGCCGCAAGCAGCAAAAGGCGUUGGAGGACCGGCGGCGGCGUCAAAAGGAGGCAGCUGAACAGGCCGAAUACGAAAGCAUGUUUGUCACACUACCUCCGCCUCCUGCCAAUGCAAAUACAGAUGCCACGGAGAACACGGACGCGGAUGCUGUGAAAGGCCGUAGUCCCGAGCCGCAGCAUCCUGUGAGGAUUGUCGCUGAGCCCGGCGUUGUCGUGGAGCGGCUGCCUGACCCUGAGACGGAGAAGGAGGCUAAGGCGAAGUCCGCAAGAAAAGGCAAAUUCCGUGGGCGCCAAGCGAAAACGCCACAGGGUCGUGCCCCGGCGGCGGACGCAGACGUUGUGCUGUCUGACGGGGGCGAGUGGAUCGUGCCGGAGGGGAAGUACCAGUGGUCCGGGUUCAACCCGGCUGCUGAGGAAAGCAAUGCGGCGGCAGGAGCGGCAACCGCGCGGUCGAAAAAGGGGCCUCUGCCCCCCCAAGCCUCAACUGCAAGGCAACGACAGGACGAAGAAAAACAGCAGCGCCAAGGGGAACGGGAGGGGAAGGACGAGAACAAAAUGAAGGGCUCUCUCAUUGCGGCCAAACCACCUGCACAACCGUCAAUGAAGUUGAUGGGCCGUCCUGUUCGACGGGUGCCGGCGGUCGUUGCUUCCUCGCCGAAGAGAGAAGAAGCGGAGGGGCAGAAACCAGAGACAGGGACCGUGGUGGCGGAAGGGGCAGAGAAAGCCUUCAAGGUGAAGUAUGCAGCAUCCGUGGAACCGCGUGGAGCACAAAAUGUGCACCGACGCCACAAACUGCCACGACUUCCACAGCAGCCACUGAUCAGUGACAGGGCGACGCAUGAUACCGUUAGUUGCUUGAAAACGCCGUUGGCCUCAGAGUUGGACAGCAUACGCCACCUAGCCUCCAUUCUUCAAGACGACCCGGUCGACGCAGAAGUGUAA